GCAAAGUUUUCCUUCCCCAAGGGGUAGGGGGGAGACACGUCCCAAAGUAAAGAUGCUUUUUGGGGGAGAGGUGAUGGUUAUUUUCAGCGUCUAUUUUAGCUCCUUACGGGCCCGGCUUUGCACGUUUGAAGUCGGUGCCCAACACCGCGCCUGACCUCCAGUUGCCGGUGGGGCGGAGAGAUCUUUUUGGCAACAAAUAUUUUGCUUCCUCCGACUAAAACGUGGGAGGCGUUUCAGGGUGCUUUGCAUCCAUUUGAUACACUCCCAUUUUUUAUUUUAUUUUUUAUGGUUUCAGGGUUGCGCCCUAGCUUUGCGGAAAGGAGAGAGGGGCAGCUUUUUGCAGGACUCGGCAGGAGGGAGAGGACUGACGGAUGUCCCAAGCAAAACCCCCUUUUCCUUCGGGGCCUGAUGAUGGGCCGGAGCGCGCCACUUCGGCGGGAAGCAGCUGCCGGACUUCGCUCCCUUGCGAAAACAAGGAUGACGACAAAGCAACUGUAGGAGAGUUAAGAGGGCCAGAACAGUCACGUAAUCAAAACAUACAAGCAGAUACACAAGACCAGCCCAUAUGGGGUAAUUGCAGUGAUGGUAAUCUCAUUAGAACACAACCUCAAUGUUUGCCUCGGCCAAAUGUUUUGUCGCUUGAUAAGUAUAAGGAAGGAACCAGCAAAAAAGAAAAUAGCCCCAGAAGUCUGAAAAGUGAAAGCGGAUUUUGCAGUGGAGUCAAAGUUGAUGCACCAGAUAAUCGAAUAUUUUCUGCACCUGUUUCCCAAAAAAUACACAGAAAAAUUCAGUCCAGCCUGUCGGUCAACAAUGAAAGUAGUAAGAAAAGCUCUGCUUAUUCUCAUAAACCAAGUUCUUUUCCUGAAGAUUGCUGUGUACACUGUAUUUUGGCCUGCUUGUUCUGUGAAUUCGUCACUCUCUGUGGCCUCAUCCUGGAGCAAACCUCGUGUGGAAUCUGCCCAGGGGUGGCCUGCUGCUGUGGAGAAAAAAUGGGAGAUGAAUGCAACUGUGACAUGGACUGUGGCAUUGUGGAUGCCUGUUGUGAAUCAUCAGACUGUUUAGAAAUCUGUAUGGAAUGUUGUGGGAUUUGUUUCCCAUCAUAGGUUUGUAUUUUUUUUCUAGUUUUUGUUGUUAUUGUUGAGUUUUGAAAAAUUAGAGAGGGCUGUUCUGUGCCUUUCUCUAUUUCUGAUAAAUUCUUUCAAAAGACACUAUUAAAUGUUCUCACAGCAACCUGCUAAGCACUCUUCAUUUUUUAACUAUUAGUGAAAAGUUGUAGAUAAUUUUUGAAUAGUAGGCCAUAAAGUAUAAAUGCAGGACAAAUCAUUCACGCAAAUGAAACAAAAAAUAGACAGAUGUAUCUGGAAAAAGAAACAAGGAAUAACUUCUUUAAAUUUUUGUUGUUAUUUGAUCUUCCUUUUUAUAGCUGGACAAUCAAAUAAGAACAUUUAUUUUAAUGAUUCUUGAUUAGAGAAAAUUGUAAUUGUUUUCAGGCAAAUAUAAUUUGUUAUGUAUUAAAUAUAUUUUAUCUUAACUGGAAUGCAAAUUAAUUUAUGUGAUCUAGUCAUCUUAUUAAGGUCUGAAGAAUAAUCUUGUUCAUAUUUUAUAGUACAGUCUUGUUCAUGUCUAUUCUAAGUAAUGACUGCAGCUUUAAAGUACUAUUUACUUCUAUAAUUUUUGCAUUCCAUAUGUAAUAUUGUAAAGAGAGCAGCCUAGUGGCCUAGUGGUGAAGGCGCUCACCUCCCAUUUGGAAAGUUGAGAGUUCAAUCAGAGGUAGCGGCAGAUGUUUCUAUCCUAGGGUGCAAA